AUGAAUAACGGCCCUCAGGGCUCGCCAGCAAGCGCUGGGCAGACUGGUGCCCAGCAACAAGGCCAGCAGAAUCAGCAGAAUCAACAGGCCCAACAACAGCAAAGAAAGAUUACACCCUUUCGUCCAGAACAAAUGCGGAUGUUACCCGAGCAGUUUUCUGUUGAUGAGCGAACAAAAUGGGAAUCCGGAUUACGAUCUUUGUGGACGCAAAUCGAGAAAUACGCCCAGGAUACACCUGCACAUCAGGAGGCUAAGCGCAAACUUUUCGAUUUUUCACGAACCCUUCAAUCAAAGAUCCAAAAUGCUCAAGCCCAGAAAGGAACACAACCUCAAUCUCAGUCACAGGUGUCAACUGCCGAUGGAAGUAACGCAAGUGGAGUACCAAGGCAACAACAACAGCAACAACAACAGCAACAACAGCAGCAACAACAGCAGCAACAACAGCAGCAACAACAACAGCAGCAACAACAGCAGCAACAACAGCAGCAACAACAGCAGCAACAGCAGCAACAACAACAGCAGCAACAACAACAACAGCAACAGCAGGGAAAAAUUUCACCUAAAUUGAUGGAGCAUGUUACCAAUUUUCCAUACCAGCUUCCCCCAAAUAUACAGGCUGGAUCUGAAGCUGCUCAGAAAUGGCUUCUGACAGCAAAGAAUGGAUACCUCAAAGCACUGAUGGCCCUCGAACAAAGUUCAAUACGCUCAAGCGCGGUAGAAGCUGUACUUAAGACUAAAACUGUGGAAGGGAAGCCGCUAACCCAGGAAGAUGAAAAAGAAUGGAUUGAAAAAAAGGAGCAUGCACAGAAGCAAAAUGCCGAUGCAAAGGCUUAUAUCGAUCAUUUCCGCCAACAACAGAGCCAGUAUAAGAUUGCGAAUUCGGGAGGACAGCAAAGUUCAACAACUCAACCAACUGGGACAAACAGCAAUUCAAGCAAUACUAGUCAGAGCUCUAGACCUCCUUUAAACUCCCAGCAACCGAACCCAUUUACGCAAACUGUUAAUGCAGCCAUUGAGGCAGCUCGUAAUCAACAAACCGGCGUGCGGAGAUUACCUAAUGGCCAGAGUUCCCAAAUACCCAGUCAAGGUGCAUCUUCGCAAAUAAGUGCACCUGGCAUUAAAGUUGAAGGCAACAUUCCUCCGCCAAUUAAUACGGUUAUCAGUCAAAUACAAGGGCAGCAACGCCCGAUGCAGAACUCGCCACAAACAGCGACAGCGUCUCGCCCUGGUGGAAUCGCCCCAUCUUCGGCAACAUCACAGCAGAUACCGCAACAACCACAGGCUUUAUCACACUCGGAUGCACUAGGCUUGGCCGCACGAACAUAUUCAUCAAGUACCCAACCAUCUGGCAAUAUUAUGAGCCAUUCACAUCCAUCCUCUAUUGAAAAGCCUCGAUCAGAUCCCCCGGUCUCAAAUAAAUUACCCAUACCUAAACACCUUCCUGAUCGAGCUACUGCAUUGCCUCAACCUGUAUCAAUGCCUCAGGGCCGCCCCUCACUUACUGGUGGCGCUUCAAAUAUUAGUAAUGGAAUGAUAGGUCAGCCAGUAUUGGCUAAAAUUCCCGGCUUCAAUAUGGAGGGUGAUGGUGAUAGGGUUUUGAGCAAAAAGAAAUUAGACGAAUUAGUGAGACAAGUCACUGGUGGCGGACAAGGAGGUACAGAUGGUGGAGAUGGCGUCGGGAGCUUAGCUCCUGAUGUAGAAGAGAAUAUCCUGCAAGUAGCCGAUAACUUUGUCGACCAAGUAUUACAAGCAGCUUGCAAAAAUGCCAAGGAACGCGGAAGUCGAACUCUCGAGAUCCGUGAUAUUCAACUUACUCUUGAGCGUGGCUAUAACAUCCGAAUUCCCGGCUAUGCCUCGGACGAGAUACGAACUGUUCGCAAAAUCCAGCCGGCACCCGGCUGGAUUGCAAAAAUGUCUGCAGUUCAAGCAGCAAAAGUUACGGGUGGCAAAAGUACCGAUUAA